CAUUUGGUAGAGCUCCCAUCGCGAUGUCAUAAAUGAAUGAACAAUAACUAUAUAUAAUUGUCUUAUCCCAUCGCGCCUAUAUACAUUCAGCCUUGGAAAUGGAGAAAAUGUCUCGGACGAAUUAAUGAAUAAUACUCCACGAACGAGCUCGCCUGUUGAUCAUCAUGUUAGCUGGGAAGUUAUCGUUUUUACUAGGCAUAUGUUCCUUGGCCGUAGGGACGAUUCUUCAGAAUGGACAAGUGAGGAUUACAAAUUACCCCGAUACUAAGAUAAACAUAUCUUCAUAUGACUUCCGCACAUACGAUGCGGAUGCCACCGAGCUGUCGUAUAAGGGGAGAUGGGACUCUAAGAAGAUCUCCUGGUGGUCAGCCCCAGGCCUCGUCUUCGGCUUCACAGGCCAAACCGUCGCCAUAACGUUCGGCGAACACACCAUCAACAGCACGCUCAUCGGAUACCGAAUCGCGGGAUUAGACUGGACCUUCACCAACGUGACAGCGGGUGCCACUCACCUCCUCGUUUCGCCCGAGACACCCGGCGUAAACGAGACGCAGCCCAUCAACCCCCUAACUUUUGAACUGCGCGUCACAAACUGGGAGUACGGUGUGCAGAUCGACAAGGUCCAUGUAGGUGCGGGUGAAUCGUUGGUCAAGAUCCCGGCGUACAACCGGACGAUUGAGUUUAUCGGUGAUAGCCUCUCGGCUGGUAUGUACACAAGCUACGAGGGUCUGUCGAGUUUUGCAUAUGGCGUGGGCGCUGGGCUGGGAGACACGGAGUACUCGGUCAUCGCGUUCCCCGGGAUAUGCGUCUCGGAUCAGAAUUGCUGGGGCCAUGCGCGUGGGCAGGUUCAUCAGUGGUUUUAUACGUCUGAUAUGAGUUCGCGGGCUUUGAGUAUCUAUGGAGAUGAGCCAGAGCAAUGGGACUUCAGCAAGCAAGAAACAACCCCUAACAUAGUGGUCAUCAACCUCGGAACCAACGACAACAACGCCCAUAACAAUGUAACCACUGCGACCUACGUUGAUGCUUACACAAAGCUCAUCGAAGGCGUGCAUGGAAAAUAUCCCAAAGCGCAGGUCAUAGUGAUGCAACUAUGGAUGGGCUUUAGCCGCACAGGCAACAGCUAUACGCAAGACCUAGGGUACGAGCAAGAACUUAAGGACAUCGUCGCCUACUUUAACUCCGACGAGUACCUCUCCGCACCGAAGACCUGGGACGGUACGACGAACACCACUGCGACACUCGAUGCGCCUAGCGAGAAGUUCGUGCAUUACUUCAGCACCAGGGGCAUAUUACAGCACAACGACAUUGGUCCCCAAUUUCACCCAACAGACGUGGGCGCCAUCAAAGUGGCGAGCCAUCUCAGUCAAUUCAUUAAGCUGACAUUUGGCUGGGAUUUAGUUGCUACAGGUCCUGAGAUAUUCCACGACACGACAUAUUGGAAUGACGAGAUGUACUACUAGACUACGAAAGAUCUAGGGUUAAUUAGUCAUAAUAUCUAUGGGAAAGGCUGCGUUGCUAGAGAUUAGAAAAAAGAAGCUUAGAUCGAUGGAUGUCUAAUUGAUUCGAUAACCCAUUUUAGGUAUAAAUAAUAAACGAAAAUCUACUGGGACCCUAACUAUGGCAUCGACGCAUACCUAGUUGCCUUUUGGAUCUCUAGUAUUUGUAUAUACGAAGCAGCCGAUGCGAAAGCCGAGCAAAACCGGGAAGCAACUGAUAUCGUAUCACCACAACCGCCCAUCAUCCCACCAACCUACCUUACCACGCUCAUGAACAUUCUCAGAAUGCUGACCCGACGGCAUCCGAGAACUAUAAUCGAAUUCAUUCAUGCGAGUCCUGAGCU